AUGGAAAGCAGCGAAUUGGCGGACUCUGAACCCAGUGCACAACAAGACGGCGUCGCUGCGAGCGACAGCCCAGCGUCUACCGAUGGCACUCAUGAGCCUCGGAGCGGCAAGUCUUCUGAACACGAAGCCCACAACUUUCCCAGAACGGGCAGCAUCAUGGAAGUAGAACUUGAGUUUGAUUACAUCGAACAUCUCUUAGAAGAGAAACUGCACCGAAUCUUGGAAAAACUCUGGGAGCAACGGCGAGUUGAGCGUUCGCUCGUGACCGCUGCCACAGCACGACUCUUUGCAGCUCAAACACUUCGCAGGGUGAAGUUGGAGAUUCGCGAUGCGCACGGAAGCCUGCUGGGGUCUACCUCAUACGUCGACUACGACAAGCAGUCUAACAAGGUACAGUUUCGUCGGCAAAAGGUGAAGUUUUUCGUGCACAUCGCAGACAAGCCUACCGCUAGAGACCUCAUCCGCGUGAACGUCAUUGGCCGAACAACGCCGCUGAAAAGGUAUUCAUCGUAUGUGCUGCCAAUCCCGCCAGCGCUGGCGAAGCAAGCAGCAGCUAGUGAGCAUGCUACCUUGGAGCACCAAUCGCUUGCGGUUCGAGAGCAAUACUUUGCGAGCUUGCCUGUGGAUGAGAGCGCUGCCUUAUCUCCAGUGCCUUUCCCCAGCAAGCUUCUUCUGGAGCAUUCCAAGCGAAAACCCACGUCAAGCGCAGUGCACCAAGACGCGACACGUGGCGCAUCCACUGUGGAUACUGAAGACGAGCCAGAGGCGCUGCCGAACACGCAAAAUAGCACUGAGGCAUCACCGCCGACGGAUGCUGCUGUUGCUUCUUCCCAUCAUAGCUUACAUUCGACUAGGAUCCAUUUAGGUCACUGCAGCCUGGAGCUGCAUCGCCUGUGGGCACACCAGGGUAAUGCGGUGUACCACGCCCUCCAUGCAGCGGGGCGUCACGCACGUUUGUUGCUGCGUCGUCAGGUGCACCUGUUGCCGUUCUGCUCGCUAUCAUUGGCGGCACGACUCCCGACCUUCCCGCACGGCAGCUACUCUAUAAGGAUUCAUGUCCAUGAUGUAUCGAUCUUUCAGUCAGGUCCGAAGGCUUUCACAUCUAUGAAUCCAGUCGUUCACGUGUACGCUCUGGGCGAUACCCAGCACACGCAGGUGUGUCGCUGGUCAUUCACUGCAAUCUUCGACCGAAUGUUGUUCUUCAGCAAGACGCUGGGUCAAGAGCAGAUCCGCGAUGAAGUGAUCACACUGGCUGUGUGGAACUGGAACUUUUGGCGACCUUCGCAGCUUAUCGGCUCCUAUAGCUUUGAUUUCUUAGCCUUGUGGAACCAGAAAGAUCACUGUUUCAGAGAGCGGUGGCUUCCUCUCACCAAUACGACUGGCAAUGAGGACGAUCUUGUUGGUUAUAUUCGCAUCUCUGCUGUUGUCUACGGACCAGGUAUCAUGCCGGUUGCAGAGCACUCGACACACGCAGCACGUACAACUGCAGCCGCUCCUCGUUUGCUCAAGAAUCUGGUCAUUCAGCGCCCGAGCUUAUUGAUAGAGCGCUGGAGACUGUAUAUUGCGAUUCUGGGUAUCGAGCUGGCGCCAUCGACGCCAGAGGCGGCUCUCAAUGCCUCAGAGGCAUCGCAUACGCCAGCUGGCACCAACGAGAAAAGCUCCAAGCUGACGAGACAUCGGGCGAGCCAAGCACGCCUCCUAUCGAGAAGGUCAGAGGCCGGGGAGUCCAAUGGGAAGCAAGUAUACUGUGAAAUUGUUUUUGCGGGACGCGAGAAAAAAGCCGUUAUCGCGUCCGAAGUUGUGCGCGUUGGGUUCGGCAAGGAAACGAGUUUGUCCAUGGGAUUCUGUCUCCCGAUCUCGCUUACCAAUCACGAGGAGGCCAAUUUUGAGGACAUCUUACUGCGGCUGCGAGAAUCUCCCAGCAGUCGCCUCAUAGCGGAUGUUCAUUUGCCCUUGAGCGGCUUGCUGCAGCGGGGAUGUACCGCAAGCAUCCAGUAUCGCGAUCAAACGCAGCUGAGUCUAACUGCAGAUACAGAGAUGCACCAUCACCGCACAAGUGCCGCGAGUUCGCACUUGGGUCAUCGCACCCACGGCGAAUCCACGACCAAGCUGGAGCGUUUGUUCCGUAUCGUGCAUUGGCUGGAGCAACUUGUCCACAGUCACCUGCUCCACCAGCACAAGCAACACGGCCACAUCCGCGAGCGUCGAGUGUUUGAGAUGCGGCCGCACUACAUCCAUCUGAAUGCGUCUCCCACGAAGUAUGUGGGGAGAAUUCUGCUCGCUGCCCGAAUGUGGCCGCAUUCGCCCCAUUGCAAAGCGAUCCCGCUGUGGUACCAGCGGCUGAACUGGGCUGAGCUGUUCACGGCCAGUCAGCGGGCCCCGCAUCGUCUCCAGUACACGCUGUAUGUGAGACUGCAGCGCAUCACAGAGCUCCCACUGCCGGAUUCCAGCUUGGUUCGGGUGUACCUGAAGAUCGGCGACCGCCUCAUUGCCCAGACUGACUUGGCUCCGGUGCAUCAUCACAGUGCGGUGACGGGGGCGCUGCUUCCGGUACCACCGGUUCAGUCGGUGACGAACCAAAAGACGCAGGCCAUGAAGCUGGAAGUAGAGCAGGACCUGCGAAAUAUUCCAGACUUGUUUCUGCAAGUAUUCUAUCGGAUGGGGCACGAUGCCCCAGAACGAUAUUUUUCGCUGUUGCGGCUGCCAGCGUCGCUGCUUCACGCUCUGCCGGAUGACGGCCUGUGUCGAUCCUGGCUCAUGGAUAUGCCUGUGACGGAAACGGAGGGCACUGAUGUGUCCGUUGCCGGCACCGCGUAUCUCUAUAUCUGUUUGCGGCACCAGGGGGAUGCGCACGCUCCGACCAAAGUCACCCGAGAGCCAUCCAGGUCGCGUCAUUCAGGGACCAGAGAGGUGUCGUCAACGGGACCUGUGGACGGACACAAUAUCUCAGCAGAUACUUACUGGGUUGAGUGCAAUAUUCUUCGCUGCCGAAAUUUACCGGCAGCGGACCCUACCGGCUUCUCGGAUCCUUUUCUAGUUGUGCGCUUUGGGGCGGCGCGAGCGUUUGGCACCCGUCUCUGUCACCAGACUUGUGAUCCGAGCUUUCAGGAACGACUGCUGGUGGGUCCUGUGCAGCUCAGCCGCUUCGAAGCGCUACCACCGGUGUCCGUCAAAGUCUUCGAUUGGGACGAUGACCCAGCCGCGUUUGAUCCUAGAAAACUUGAUAAGGCGGAAUAUCUCUGUCGUGCUGAGGUGGAUCUCACAGCGUUGGACGCUUCGGAACCCACCUGGUUUGACAUGUUCAUCACGAACCCCUUGAUUGUACAUGGCGGUAUGCUGGCAAGCUUCAGGCUGCUAAAUUCGAGCCUAGCGAGUCCGAGCGCGCUCGAGACACGAGUUCUGCGGGAUCCGCACAUCCAUUUGCGAGCGCAUGUAGAUACUCCGACGCAGGCGCUUACAUCAGGUAACAACCCGCAGUCGCCAGACCAACGAGACGGGGAUAUGGCGGUGCAGCGGCCGCCGCUGACGAUUACACCAAAACCUGCCGACCUGCAGUCGCAACCUAGUCGCGGACCCGCUGCCUCGUAUUGGAUGCUCGUGGGUCUUGUGUCCAUUCACCAUCUGGGUCUGGGCUGCUUUGGUCUCGAUCCGAGCCGAGACUCACUCAGUUUGCGAAUGUUUCUCAACUUUCGUGAUGGAAUGCAACGAAGCGAGCCGAUCCACCUGAGUGCUGGCAGCAGCGGCAGUCUGGGCGCAGACCAGAACCAUAUAGGGGAUGUUGUGAUCCUGCGGUUGCCCCCUGAUAUUGGUGAUCUUUCCUCACUGCAUAUUAUACUCGAGAGCCGAGAUGGUGAGCGCUUCUACGCGAGCGCGAACAUCACUCCAGAGGAAUUUGCAAAAAAGCAUCUACUCGUCGGCGGCCUCCAGCAGUACGGCCUAGAGUAUCUGGAGCAGAGGGUGCUCAUGCGGCGUGCGAAACGUCAGCACGGGCCGCUUGCGGGUAUGCAAGAGGCCUUGGAAACUGCCAGCAAUGGAGCGCCUCAACGAAGCGGUUUCGAUCUGAGCAGCUUUCGCCGACAACUCAAGCAAGUCUGGCAGCACGACGUGCGCGCAUCGGGACUGGCGCUAUGGGCAGCGCUUGUGAAUUACCUCGUGGAGAUUGCUCCUGAGAUUGCACUGCGAUUUGGACUGGAGGAGAUGGAAUUUCCGUCAUCGCGCCUGACGCCGUGGCUUCUCCGUUUCUUUCGCCUCUUGCACCACCGGGGCCUCGUGACGGCCCUAGAGCAUUACGAGAGAUCCGUCAUUGGUGGGCGCUCUAAGGGCCCCGAAAGGCCAGACCACGCUGUUUCAGACAAGUCGGACGCACACGGCGUUCACUCGGUCUCCGAUGAGCUCGAGCGAAGCCUUGAACCGCAUGCCCAGUUCAGCGAGGCCCUUCUCCGACAUGGCCUCGUUCGCCGCAAGAGGCGCCGGGUCAACCUGACUGCUACUGGCGAGCGCGGAAUGCUUACCGGAAUCAAGAAGAUGCGCUUACCGCAGAUUCGGCCGAGUUUCCGAGCGGAGCCGUCGCGGAAGCCGCGGCAUGCUCCGAGCACAAUACAUCCAGAGGCCGCCGCACUCGAACAAACAGCACCUGCUCCAUGCAGCGUCCUUGCAGCGGAAACGCCGAACUCUCCCGCCACCGAAGAUGCUGAAGUUGUCGCGGAGGAGCGUUCCUUGUCAGGGGCUCAAGCGGGUCCCACUGCGGGUACGGUAACCAGACGGUCAUCGUCGACAGCGGUGUGCGCGGCUGUAAGCCCGGUGCGAAGACGCCUCCGAAGCGGCUCAGGGCAUGAACGUCGAGGUGCGAGACCUCUGAGGCGAGGUCGCGUCUCCGGCCGUGCAACCGCCUCGAUGCUAUAUCGUAGAGAUGAAACCGAGCGCCGACUCAGUCUCUUGCACCACGAGUCGAGGCGUUACAAUGACCCGGUUCCGGUGGGCAAGCUGGCCCUCGACUGGCGCAUCGUGCGAACCGGAUACGCUGCAGUCGCUGCUGACACGAACGUGGUGACGGCACUGCAGCGCGUCGAGGAUGUUUCCGAUCUGGAAGCAUACGCGGCAGCGUUUCGAGAGCAAAUGCGACGCCGCUACGUCGAACGGAACGACGUGGUGGUGCGCUUGCAUGUAUAUCAUGCACGCGGCCUUAGAGUACCCAGCGGAGAUCCAAACAUCUACCUCAAAGUGGAGCUCAACGGCGGCGAGAAGACCCUAUCGACGAAGCGAUCACCGGUUCGGCACUCUUUGAACCCGGACAUAUUCCAGUCGUUCGAGUUCACCAAUGUGCGCCUGCCUGGCUCUCGCCUCACGAUCCGAGUGAAGCACUUUGCCGGUCCGGACUUUGAGGUACCGAAUGCCGCAGCGCUGGUGCCCAGGUAUGCGACCUGGACGUUUGGCCCAUUUGUCCACCGUGCGAUGAGCAGGGACGUGCGCGUGGACUUGGUGCGGGCGGGAAUCGGACGCGCCCUGCUCCUCGGCGAGACAGAGAUCGACCUGGACCAGCGUUGGUACACGGACUUGCCGCCGUUAUCUCGUCUGGAAUCGCCAAUGGAGACGCGGCGUCUGUUUGUGCCAGACCGUGUCAUACCCCGUGGCGAGCUGACGCUACGACUUGAGCUGCUCAGCGCUGAAGAGGCAGCGAAUAGACCGUUUCGUCCACUGGAACCGCUCGAUCCGCACCAAUACGAGCUGCGGCUGGUCAUAUGGCGCGUCAUAGGUUGCAAACUGGAGAGGGUCUCGGAGCCAGUCCAUGGCGGCGAUGUCGAUGGAGCUGCGGACGGUGGGCGCACCAGGGGAACGACCGCGUCAGCAGCGGUCGGCACGACUCCAAGUGGCAACGCCAACGCGUCUGUGCCGUUGCAGGACCUCCAGGUGCGAGCGCAGCUCGGAAACGACACCUCUUCCGAGAUUCAUACCUCUGUUGUCCAUAAUUGCGACGAUGGGUCUGCGAAUUUCAAUUACCGCCUCGUGUGGCGCCCGCUGCACUGGCCGGAUCCAGAGCUGGUGCCACGGCUGCGACUGCACGUCUGGGACGUCCACAGUCCGUCGGGCUUCCCGCUCGUUGGUCAACUGGCGCCAUCUGAUCCGCAGCUGUUAGCGACUGUCACUUUAGACCUUUCUUCCAUUUUCGAGGAGGCCCAUCGGAACAACGGGCGAGCGCAGCGCUUCCGCCAGUGGAUUAUGAUGCAUCGAGUGGGCUCCGGGCCGGUCGCCGCAUCGCCGCGCAUACAGGUCUCGCUCGACCUGCUCAGCAAAGAGCAGGCCAUGCAGCAUCGGGCAGGCUCGCAAGUCGGUCAGAGUGGCCUCCCGGAACCGCUGCAACCGGUGCCAUUUUCAGCCUUUGCGCCUCAGAGGUACAUCCGCUACCGCAUUGCUCGGCAGUGGCAGGAUGGAUUCUGGUAUUUCGUGCAGGCGGUCUUGCUGGUGCCUGGCGGCAUCGCUGUGCUCAAAAUCCUUGCAGCGCUGCCGCUGCUGCUGUACAUUGCCGGUGCGAUUGUUGGGAUUUUCCUGGUCUUGCGUAUGCGUCGAGUCGAGCAAGAGCUCGAGGCCAUGUAA